AUGUGCAGCACAAGAAAGCUUGGGAAGAAGCGAAAGGCAUGCUCAAGGAGAUCGACUUGUUCCAUUUUGAUGUUCAACCCUUGCCAAUUGAACGAACUGUGUGUGAAGUACGUACUGGAGCCAAAGGUUGUCAAGGUUUUGGUGAACUACCACCAUUUUGUCCUCACAAGGCAGAUUAAAACCAGGCACACUUCUCCAAAGCUCCUUGGUCAGACGGACGAGAUUUUGUGCAUUGACAAACCGCCUAUGUUUACGUGCAGUUAUGGUGGUUUCAGCAGAUUGCCACAUAGAGCAAAGGUCAGCACACCAACUCAACUGCUCAAUUGCGAGAAGGCAACCAUUCAAAUUCACGAGUAUUUGGCCCUGACGUACGAUUACGAGACUGCAAGUGGCACUCGGGAGUUUUGGAAGCAGGAGGACGAGGAAAGCUGGCGAGUGUGGGCUUGUGGUUGUGGAGAAUGUGAUUCAUGUGCCUGCAUGCAAUCGGGCUGCUGUAAUCGGUUGGACAAGGAAACAUCUGGAAUCGUGGUGGCUGCAAAAACUCGCAGAGGUUUCCCUGUCAUCCGCAAGCAAUUCAGUACUGCCCACAGCCUAGAAGCAGGCGGAACGGAGAAAUUCUACUUUGCGUUGGCUCGUGGUCAGGUGAAGAUACCAACAACAACACAAGAAAGAUCACCUGACUGGAUUCAUGGACCGGACGGGCCUCCCUCAAACAGACGAGGUCGGAUUCAGAUUGCCAUACGGUUCGACCAGUCAAAGUGGAAAGCGUUCCCAUACAAUGAUGGUGGCAUGACUCCGGGACAAGAUGGCAAUGAACGCAGUCGAAAAGCCACCGCAACAGGAGGUGGAGAUUGGGAUGAGGAUGGGGAACAAGGUGAACCUGCAAACGUUCGACUAUUUGCUUUGACCUUCUACGAUCCGAUCGCGUGGUUCAGCAAUGAUGCCAACGAGAAGUACACCCUUCUGCGUGCGCAGAUCAUUUCCGGUCGUACUCAUCAGAUCAGGUUUCAUUGCUCUGAAAUCGGUCAUCCUCUUGUCGCCGAUGACCUCUACGGCGCACCGCAAUCUGAGCGAGACUGGGCCAAGAGAGUGUUUCUACACUCGUACCAGACCAAAUUCCUGGAGCCCUUCUCCGACAAGUGGUAUGAGGCCGUGUCUCCAUUGCCCGAAGACCUUGGGCAAUUGCUUGCAGGCUUGCAGUUGGAUCGCGUAAAGGAACGGUGCCCACUCUUCUUGUCAAGAAGGAAGCACUCACAGUUGCAUAGGAUUUUUAAGCCGUAUGACCCAGACCAAGAGCUGCUACAAGUGCACGCAGCACCAUGGAAUGCUCGAGAAAUUUUGCAGGAGAAGAUGAAGACACUCAGUGGCCGAAAUACCCCAAGUUGGGGAAAUUCCACUGCUCAGCGGCAGCCCAACGAACCAGACAAAUUCAGCCAGAACUUGCAGCGCUGGAAGUGGGAGGACCAAUGCUGGGGUGCUGACCUCUCUUGGCGUGCGACGAGCAUGGAUGAAGAUGAGUCGUGGGGAACGUGGGAGUCGAAAGGGGCAGAGCCAGAGCCAAAGAGGCCACGCCUGGAAAUACCUGCAGCAGAGCCUGCCAAUGCCGGCCAAGUUCCUUGUACUCCUCCAUAUCCAGAUGCCAAGGCAUGGUGA